AUGCGCCGUCUCCAAUUCAUCCUGCUGGCAACUGUCCAGCUCUCCGGAGCUCGCCAAGCUGGCUUCAGCAUCCACGAUGACCUCGUCGCCUAUCCACAGUACGAAGUCGUCUUUUCCGAAAGCUUCAUUUCUCAAAAGGAAGCCGAUGCGCUGUUGCAUCACGCGAAUCCCCACUCGACCUACGCGGCCGAAUUCUCCUCCCAGUCCGAUCUCGCUCAACAGGUGCAAGAAGCAAGGGACGACGAAGGACCGAAAAGCGACGAUGUGCAGGAGACGUAUGAGCUCAUGCACAUGGCGCCGUCGAAGUACCUGUGCUCCAUACCGAUCCUCGAACCCGCGGGCCCCGAGAAUAAGACGGCCAACGACCUGGCGAAGCAGGAAGAGGCACGCGAGCUCGCGAGGGCCUCGGCUGCCGGCUGGGACCUCAUCAACGAGCUCGACGGCACGUGUCUCUACUACAUGUCCGGCUGGUGGAGCUACCGCUUCUGCUACAACCGCGAGAUUUUGCAGUUCCACGCGCUGCCGCUGAUGCCCAACGGCGAGCCCCCGCUGCGCGACCCCAACACGCUCGAGUUCGUCCUCGGACGCGGCCCCAAGGAUGCCGACGAGCCCGCGGGACACGGCUCGACGAACGAGAAGGCGGCGGCGGCGGCGACGACGACGACGACGGACCUGCAGGUGAAAGGCGAUCAGCGCUACCUCGUGCAGCGUCUCGACCGCGGCACCAUCUGCGACCUGACGGGCCGCGAGCGCACGAUCGAGAUUCAAUACCACUGCAUGCCGGGCCUCAAGAGCGACCGCAUCGGCUGGAUCAAGGAGGUCACGACGUGCGCCUACCUCAUGGUCGUCAACACGCCCCGCCUCUGCAACGACGUGGCCUUUUUGCCGCCGAAGCAGACGAGCGCCAACCCCAUCAGCUGCCGCCUCAUCCUCGACACGAGCGACCCCGAGGCCAGCGCCGCGUGGCAUCGGCGCAAGACGCUCGAGGCCGAGGCGUCCAUGGUUCACGGCGAGCGCCGCGGCGGCGGCAGCGGCGACGCGCGCUUUGUGGAGAACGCGCGGCCGGAUCUGGACUCGGAGUCGUUCCGUAAGCAGGAGCCCAUCACGGUCGGCGGGGUCCUCGUCGGCGGGCGCAAGGUGCUCAGCGAGGCGGACGAGGAGGGCAAGCCGCCGGCGGUGUUGAAGCCGCCGCAUAAUUUUCUGCCCAACAAAGCGCAGGCGGGCAAGCCAAAGACUCCAGGGGCGGCGGCAGACGAGGCCGAAGCGUACGAAACGGAGACGAUCGCAUCACGAAAGCACAAGGCCGAGGGCGGCGAGCUCUGGAUCCUCUCGGACGAGGAGCUCGAGGAGCUGGACCUCAGCCCCGAGACGGUGGAGGACAUGCGGCAGGAGAUUGAGAAGCUCGCGGGCGACAAGGGCUGGAAGCUCGAGGUGGUGGAGGCGCCAGGCGAGGCCAGGGAGCUGCGUGGCUACGUUGACGAUGACGAAGAUGAUGCCAAGGCCAAGGCGCGAGCGAAAGCCAAGGCGGCCGGCAAGAAGGGGCCCGACGCCGACGAAGAGGACGUUGCGGGCAGCGAAGAGCAGUUUUACGGAGACUGGUGA